GGAGCCACCAUGCCCGCGCCCCCGCCUCGCCGCCGGCUUUCCUGCUAGGAACAAGCGCGGAUGCGGUGGAUGCGCCGGCUUCACCCAGCGAGAGCGGAACCGGUCGCGGGCACAGCGCCCUGGGCGCACUAUGGCCGACGCGGACGAGGGCUUUGGCCUGGCGCACACCCCACUGGAUCCAGAUUCCAAGGAGUUGUCCUGUGACUCCAAGCCCGAGAGCGCACUAGGAGCUCCCACCAAGUCCCCCUCGUCCCCACAGGCCGCCUUCACCCAGCAGGGUAUGGAAGGGAUCAAGGUGUUCCUCCAUGAACGGGAGCUGUGGCUGAAAUUCCACGAAGUGGGCACGGAGAUGAUUAUAACCAAGGCUGGAAGGCGGAUGUUUCCCAGUUACAAAGUCAAGGUGACUGGCCUGAACCCCAAAACCAAGUACAUUCUUCUCAUGGAUAUUGUUCCUGCUGACGACCACCGAUACAAGUUCGCCGACAACAAAUGGUCGGUGACCGGGAAAGCCGAGCCCGCCAUGCCCGGCCGCCUCUACGUGCACCCGGACUCGCCGGCCACCGGAGCCCACUGGAUGCGGCAGCUUGUCUCCUUCCAGAAACUGAAGCUCACCAACAACCACCUGGACCCGUUUGGGCAUAUUAUUCUAAACUCCAUGCACAAAUACCAGCCCCGGCUGCAUAUCGUGAAAGCGGAUGAAAAUAAUGGAUUCGGUUCUAAAAACACAGCUUUCUGUACCCACGUCUUUCCUGAGACGGCGUUUAUCGCCGUGACUUCCUACCAGAAUCACAAGAUCACUCAGUUAAAGAUCGAGAAUAAUCCCUUCGCCAAAGGUUUCCGGGGGAGUGAUGACAUGGAGCUGCACAGGAUGUCACGGAUGCAGAGUAAAGAAUACCCAGUGGUUCCCAGGAGCACAGUGAGGCAAAAAGUGGCCUCCAACCAUAGUCCUUUCAGCAGCGAGACCCGGGCUCUCUCCACCUCGUCCAACUUGGGGACCCAGUAUCAGUGUGAGAAUGGAGUCUCCGGCACGUCCCAGGACCUUCUGCCCCCGCCCAACCCGUACCCUCUGUCCCAGGAGCACAGCCAAAUUUACCAUUGCACCAAGAGGAAAGAUGAAGAGUGCUCCACUGCCGAUCACCCCUACAAGAAGCCCUACAUGGAGACAUCACCGAGUGAUGAAGACCCCUUCUACCGGCCCAGCUACCCCCAGCAGCAGAGUCUGAGUGCCUCCUACAGAACUGAGUCUGCCCAGCGACAGGCCUGCAUGUACGCCAGCUCGGCGCCGCCCAGCGAGCCGGUGCCCAGCCUGGAGGACAUCAGCUGUAACACAUGGCCCGGCGUGCCUUCCUACAGCAGCUGCACGGUCACCACUGUGCAGCCCAUGGACAGGCUGCCGUACCAGCACUUCUCGGCUCACUUCACCUCCGGGCCCCUGGUCCCCCGGCUGGCUGGAGUGGCCAACCAUGGCUCCCCACAGCUCGGAGAGGGCAUGUUCCAGCACCAGACCUCCGUGGCCCACCAGCCUGUGGUGAGACAAUGUGGACCACAGACUGGCCUCCAGUCGCCUGGUGGCCUCCAGCCCCCCGAGUUCCUUUACUCUCAUGGCGUGCCCAGGACACUCUCACCACACCAGUACCACUCUGUGCAUGGGGUUGGCAUGGUGCCAGAGUGGAGCGACAAUAGCUAGAGUGUGACUUGGCGUGGCCACGGACAUUCGCUGGAGAGAGACAGAGACAGUAGCACAGAGAACCCUACGGACAAGAUUUUCCACUUCACCCUGUGUCUGUCUGCACUCAA